AUGAAUACUAUUCUUAACAAAAGUAUCUUAGUCUUAUUAGAUUUUAAUUCAACUAUAAUUGUAAACAAAAAGAUUAGGUUUUUAAUUGUUUAUUUUCUUGACAGAUUUAAAAUUUAAAAAUAAGAGAUGGACAUUGGAAAGACCUAUGAGCCUUUUAACAGAAUGCGUGACACUGGAAUUAGAAAUUGUAGAAAAAGCUGGUACUUGGAAAAAGGAGCGAAUAAUCACUUCACCUCAACAGACACGGAUCGUACUAGCAAAUGGAACACAGGCAUUAAAUUUUUGUGCCAACAAUUAUCUAGGCAUGGCAGUAAGUAUUAAAGAAAGUAUUAAAGUUUAUAAAAAUAACAGAGAGGUCAUCUCUGCCGCAAAACUUGCUCUGGACAAGUAUGGAGUAGGUUUGAGUUCUGUAAGAUUUAUAUGUGGUACGCAAGACAUUCACGUGGAAUUAGAGAACAAAAUUGCUCAGUUUCACGGCAGAGAAGAUGCUAUUCUUUAUGCAUCUUGUUUCGAUGCAAAUGCGGGAUUAUUUGAGACAUUGUUAACGUCUGAAGAUACUGUUAUAAGUGAUGAGCUUAAUCACGCGUCUAUCAUCGAUGGUAUCAGAUUAUGCAAAGCAAGCAGACAUAAGUACAAGCAUAGGGAUAUGGCAGAUUUGGAAAAUAAACUACAAGCUAGUAUGUCUUCGCGUUUGCGACUAAUUGCAACUGAUGGUGUCUUUUCUAUGGAUGGCACCGUCACACCAUUACCAGAAAUAUUAGAGCUUGCAAGGAAAUAUAACGCUCUCACGUUUGUAGAUGAUUGUCAUGCCACUGGAUUUUUUGGAAAAACUGGAAGAGGCACAGAGGACUAUUUUAACCAAUUAGGGUGUGUUGAUAUCAUCAACUCUACAUUAGGUAAAGCUCUUGGUGGAGCAGCAGGUGGUUAUACAACUGGCAAAAAGGAACUCAUUAAUUUGUUGAGACAACGUAGUAGACCAUAUUUAUUUUCAAAUUCAUUGCCGCCACCCGUAGUUGCAUCAGCAAGUAAGGUCAUGGACCUAAUAACAAACUCUACGAAAUUUUUGGAUCGUUUAAGGAACAAUACCAAUUUGUUUAGAAAUAAUAUGAAAGCAGCAGGUUUCACAAUUGCUGGCGACAAUCAUCCUAUCUGCCCUAUUAUGAUAGGCGAUGCAAGAUUAACGAUUGAAUUUGCUGAUAAAAUGAUUGAACAAGGAAUUUAUGUUAUUGGUUUUAGUUAUCCAGUAGUGCCAAAAAAUAAAGCACGAAUACGCGUUCAAAUCAGUGCUGCACAUUCGCAAAACGACAUAGAUUAUGCCAUAAACGCAUUUGUACACGUUGGAAAAAAAUUUAAUAUUAUUAAAUGA